AUGGAGUCCUCACCACCCCAGUAUGUCGACGUUGCUAUCAUUGGCGCAGGCUGGUACGGCCUCGUCGCAGCGCGUACCUAUCUGCGACUCCGUCCAGACGUGAAUAUACUGAUAAUCGACUCUGACUCAACCGUUGGGGGCGUAUGGAGCGAGAAACGGCUGUACCCAAACCUGGUUGCGCAGGUCAAUCUGGGACUUUUCAAUUAUAUCGAUACACCGAUGCCAAAGGAGGGAGUCAACAGCAAAAGACAGGUCACAGGACGUAUGAUUCACAACUAUCUCCAGAAGUAUGCCGAGGAUCAUGACCUCCUCCGUCGCAUUCGCUUCAAUACCCACGUCGACAAAGUUGAACGUGGCCCUCGAGGCUGGCGUCUUUACUUCAAAGACUGUAACAACAUACUGGAUGCUGAGAAGCUCAUGGUAGCUACUGGGGUCACGUCCAUUCCCCAUAUGCCGGAAUACGUGGCCGAGGACGUGCGGGUUCCGGUCAUCCAUUCUCGAGAUUUGGGUGAAUCUUUCAGCAGCCUCCAACAGAGCAAAUAUAAGCACAUCAUGGUAGUUGGAGCAGCCAAAUCUGCAUAUGAUGCUGUGUACCUACUCCUAACGAUGGGCAAAAAGGUGACGUGGGUAAUCCGACCCGGAGGAUCAGGGCCACUUGCCAUUCUACCAUCGGAGUUGCUUGGCUACUGGACGAGUAUCGGCGUUGCAUCCACUAGGUUGAUGACUGGUCUCAGUCCUUCGAUAUUAAAUACUCACGGACUUGCAUACUCUAUCCUCCAGAACAAUCCGAUUGGACGCUGGUUGACGGGGAAGUUCUGGGACAUCGUGGCGUACUUAAGUGAUCUCCAUGCAGGCUAUGACAAUGGUGACCAUGUGGCUGGUUUGAGACCAGAAAUAGAUGGCAAAAGUGUCUUCUGGGCAAACUCCGGGCUCGGUGUCGUCACUCUUCCAGACUUUUGGAGUACAAUCCACAAGGGCGAUGUCACAAUUAUUCGGGACGAGUUGCAGACUCUCAAUAGAAAAACCAUAUCCUUUAAGUCUGGCAAGUCAAUCGAAUCAGACUUCAUUGUCAUGUGUACCGGAUGGGGAGACCACUUCGCUAUGUUCGAUGAUGAGAGUAAAUCCGAGGUUGGCCUGCCAGUGAAAGCAAAGAAAGGUUGGGUAGAUCGAGACUGGAAAAGCAUAGAUCGCGAAGCAGAUGCAUCUGUGAACCAGAAACUACCAUUCCUAGCCAAAGGACCAGUAUUGGGGAAUGCGGAGACGGUAAAAGUCCCACAAAAGUACUGGAGGCUCUACCGUAGAGUAGUGCCACUUGCUCUUGCCAAACAGGGUGAUCGUUCGCUCGCCAUUCUAGGUCAAAUCCAUACUGUGCAGACACCUUUAGUCGCUUCAAUACAAACUUUCUGGGCAAUUCUUUAUCUGGAAGGGGAGCUUGAUUUGCCUUCUGAAGAUGAAAUGGUCAAUGAGAUUGCCGAAUGGAAUGCCUGGACUCGGAAACGUUACAUCAGUCAGGGUCAGAAAUUCCCGUACUCUCUCUAUGACUUCCUCCCAUACGUCGACACUCUCUGCAAAGACCUCGGUCUCAACUCUUGCAGAAAGUCCAAUAUCAUAGCAGAAUACUUCUCACCGUAUAAGCCUGAAGACUUCAAUGGCAUUAUCGACGAGUACUACGCCCAAAAGCGAGUCGGCUCGACCAGUAAAAAGCAUGUUGCGGAAUCGCAAUAUUCAAGACUAGUUGCGGUCUUCCUAGCCGGAGUCGGCACCUUUCUUGUCUUGGCCAAAUGGACUUUGAGCAUGAUCUAG